CCAAAAUUGAAACAUAAAUUAGUAAAAUGAGUUCUAACGAAGAAAGAAAAGGAGACCAGGAAGGAAGAAGAGGCAGCGGAAGAAGAGGACAGGGACCACCACAGAGGAACAGACAAAGAGCAGAGGAGUUUGAAGACUUUAAGAUUAAGUUAAGUUGUAGUGAAGGGAAUGAUCAAACAACAACGGGGAGUUCAGGACAGCAGAGAGGUCCGGGUGUGCAAGGAGUGUCAGGAAAUAUAACAGCAGCAGUCUCUAUGGGGCCUCCAAGUUCUCAAAUGACUGGAGAAAUCCCUUCGUAUACUCCAGUCACUGAUGUUGCGAUAGGAGCCAAUACCCUAGCUACUUCGGGUAUUGUAGGUGAAACUUCAGGCCAAGUACCUCAAAGCAGUAUUGGAAGUGAUAAAGAAGAUUCAUCCUCAAAAGUUAAUAUCAAGGAGUCCCAAAAUGCCCAAUCUGAUAGAAAGUUAGCAAAAAUGCAUGAAGAAACACUUUCAACGCCCCAGCAUCCUAAUCAACCUCAACAAAAAGUAAUCAAGAGCACCUCAAAGUCACAUGAGACUGGUAAUCAGCAGGAAGAUAGUACAGAUCAUCAUGGAAUAAGAAUUGAAGGCAGUGAGGGUCUCAAGGAAGACAGUCAAAACGAAGAUCCUUCAAUUAAAGAAACCCAUGAAGAAGAAAAGACGGUGGCUAUUCCAAAAGGAUCACCACAAGGUCAAACAAUAAAUGCCGAGGAUAAGAGAUCUGCAAUUAAGAGUGCGGAACAAGAUUCCAGUAAUAUUCCAGAAGAUGCUUUGAAGACUCCACCUAGUAGCACUAGCAAGAACGAAGAGAGUGGGGCUGUCAGUCGUGAAAAGAGUGGCUCUAGCCCUUGCUCUUACUCCCCUCUAAAAAGUCAAAGAAACCUCGGAUCCCAGAUGAGCUCCCUCGCCAUGCCAACCCCUUCUCCAAGUUUAGAGAGCAAAGAUACUAAUUUAAACCAAAAGACUCCCCAAGUAGAUGCUAUGCAAGAAUCAUCACAAGUAGCCAAUGAAGCCAAUCAAAGAUUACCAGAGCUUCAACCUAUGAGUACAAGAAGACUCAGAGGAAGAGACCAAGCUGCAGAAGACACUACUGGGGAUGACAGAAGGAUUCCCAAAGCUAGUUCAAAAGAACACAGAAGGGAAGAUGAUGAAGAAGAGAAACAAGAGUCUGAUGAAGCUGCUUAAUCCUCUUA